AGCAGCUUUGUUCAGGGACAGACAUGUUCUCACUGACCUUUGUUUCUACUUCUACGUUUCCUUUACUUACGGCUCGGUUUGGCUGAACGACGACGGUUAGUUCAGAUACACGUUUUAUUUUCUCUUUAAAAAAAGAAAUAAUUAAAAAAAAAUAAUAAAAACGUCUAAUUUAAUUUAGCGCCAUAGCGACAAACGUAACAGCGUCGCUUAUAUCACGAUACAGAUCAGCUUCAGGCGCGACAUGAACGAGGACGAAGCCGUGAGCAGCUUCUGCAGACAGACGAUCAGUCGUGUCCGAAAUAAGCUCCUCCGGUCCGCUGAGGAGAACCGGAGGAGACAAAGCCCCCGAGCGGCCGGAGGCAGCGACGGGACGGGGAGCAGAGAUCCGUCCGAGCCGCCUCCGGUUCCCACAGAACCGAGUCCGGUCCCCCUUCAGCUCAUCGCGAUGCUCAGGAUCAAAACUCUGAAGGAGCGGAUGAGGCGGGCUGCAGAGGUGGAGCUCCACGAUCCCGAAGCCUGCAGCGCCUGCCAGCAGCAACAGGCUUCUCUGGCCUUGAAAACUUUUAUCAGGAGAAAGAAGACACAACUGCAGUUCCAAACACUGACGGACAGACUAAACACACACACAGGAGAGAGAUUGGACACUUUUGAAGGGAGUUGGUGCAAAAAAAAUCUCCCAAAGCCCACCGAUGCCCCUCACUGGAUUUGGGAGGAACUACUUAGUGAAGAUAUGCGGGUCACAGCAACCUGAGGUUGCCUUAGCAACCACUAAGGAACGUGGAGUUGCCCUGGCAACAGAUGAAAUGAGGGGUUACCCUGACAAAAACGCUACAGGAACUCAUUUAGCAAGACCUCGCUGUCCUUUUUCAGACAGAUAGCUGCAGACAUGACGGGCACAGCAUUAAUACAGUGAAAGGGACAAUGAUGUGGUGGAGUCAAACAUAUUCCUGCCUCUUUAUUUUCAAACACAGGCUAAACCCACCCAUUUGCCCUGCUCGGCUACAGCUGUGUUUACGUUCACGCCGCCGCUAAAUAACACAAACAAAUGUCUAGCCUUUGUUUUCAGUAUAAAAAAGAACGUGCUAACAAGGUUAGUACAAAACAGCAAUUUAUUUUUCUUAUCACUGUAUUAAAGUUAAACACGCAACACUAUUCAAAGCAAAAUGAGUCUGGCCUCCUCCUUUUUUUUUUUCCCUCCAGAUUUGGUGGUCACUUGAACACUGUAAACAUUAAAACAACAUUUUGUUGUAUUUUAGCUUCGCACUUGAACCCAUUCGAUUUUUAUAUUGGCACAAAAAAUACACAACAGACAGCCGUGGCAGCAGGCAUGCACUGCAAAAAAAA